AUGAUUUCUGCUGCAACUUUCGUUUCUCUUGCCGUUCUGGCCAAAAUAGUCGCCUCUGUGUCCGUCGGGCCAGUCGCCUCACUCGUCGUGGCGAACGCUACGAUCGCUCCUGAUGGCUUCCCCCGAGCUGCUGUUCUGGUUGGCGGGACGUUCCCGGGUCCUCUCGUAACCGGAAAGAUCGGGGACAACUUCAAGCUCACGGUGGUGGACAACCAGCAGGACAAUCGGAUGCUGGAACCGACCUCGGUUCACUGGCACGGCCUGUUCCAAAAUGGGACCAACUACAUGGAUGGCCCGGCAUUCGUUAACCAGUGUCCGAUUUCGCCCGGAAAUUCGUUCACAUACGAUUUCACGUCCCAGCAGGCUGGGACGUUUUGGUACCAUUCUCACUUGGCAACUCAGUACUGCGAUGGCCUUCGCGGUGCGAUGGUCAUCUACGACCCCGCAGACGCCUACCUGAAUCAAUACGAUGUCGACGACGAGUCUACCGUGAUCACUCUCGCGGACUGGUACCAUGUUUUCGCCGAGACGGUGGCUGGCGUCGCCACACCGGCUUCAGUGCUCAUCAAUGGUCUUGGACGCACGGCUGAUACGGCCAGCAACACCACACUAUCGGUUGUCAAUGUGACAAAAGGCCUGCGAUACCGCUUCCGUCUGAUCAACACCGCGUGCGACUCGGACUACGUCUUCCAGAUUGACGGGCACUCGAACAUGACGAUCAUCGAGGCGGAUGGCGUGCUGCACGAGCCGCUCAGCGUUGAUUCCAUCCGCAUCUAUGCUGGACAGCGCUACUCGUUUAUUCUGACCGCCGACCAGGCCGUCAACAACUACUGGAUCCGUGCGAAUCCCAGUACCGGCCCGACGGGUUUUGCUGGAGGCAUCAACUCGGCCAUUCUGCGCUACGUUGGUGCGCCUUCUUCUGAGCCAACCACCGCACAGGACACGUCCGUUAAGGCUCUCGUGAACGAGGUGGACCUGCACCCGCUGGUCAACCCGGGCACUGUCGGGAAGCCGUUCAGCGGUGGUGCUGACGUCCAGGUCAACCUGGCCCUAGCAUUCGAUCUGACGACGUUUAAGUUUACGGUCAACGGUGCCUCUUUCACCUCCCCGACUGUCCCCGUGCUGCUGCAGAUCCUGUCUGGAGCCCAGCCCGCCCAGGCCCUGUUGCCCGCGAAAACAGUCUACACGCUUCCGCACUUCGCGUCUGUCGAACUCACCCUGGCUGGUGGAGUUAUCGGUGGCGGGCAUCCGUUCCACUUGCACGGCCACACAUUCGACGUCAUCCGUUCGGCCGGUAGCAGCGUCUACAACUACGUCAACCCCGCGCGCCGCGACGUCGUCAACAUCGGUAGCACGGGAGACAACGUAACCAUCCGUUUCUUUACAGACAAUCGUGGACCGUGGUUCCUCCACUGCCACAUUGACUGGCAUCUCGAAGCCGGCUUCGCUAUCGUCUUUGCGGAGGCCGUCGACGACUGGAAAGCCGAGAUCAGUCCCAAUGCUGAGUGGGAUCAGCUCUGCCCGAAGUACAAUGCUCUCUCGGCUGAAGUUACCUCCCUCGCGGGGUAAAAAAAAAAUCGAAGCCUCCCAUCUUCACGCUCGUUAAU